GUUCUCUCGGGCUCACAACGCCUUCAGGCAGCCUCGUGCCACCUUCUACUGUAGACAGGUAUACACAGUUAGAGCCGCUCAGGAAGCCGCUGGCAAGCUCUGACCGUCGGGUUGUUUGCGUGAAGGCUGAAUGCACUCCCUUCGGGCGACGGCUUACUGGAUUACUUGCGUGGACGCGGGGGCAAGGUAAAAUACAUUUGCAGGUCGCCAGAUGCAAGGAUCGGUGCACUCAUAUCAGUGACCUCCACAGAUUAAGGAGCUCGAAGACGAGCUGGCGCAAGCGCGGGCGCGAGCUGAUAAGUUGCAGAUGGAACUCGCAGCAAAAAAUGAGGCUGUGGCUGUCCUGACAGAGGAAAAUAAGGCCCUCAAAAGCACCUCCGCCAGCUCCAUCUCAGGCUCAUCGACUGCGCUACAGCACGUGAACCGCCAGUUGGACGAGCAGCUGCACGCAACCAUGCUCCUAGAGCAGGAUUUAGCAGCUUCGAAGCAGCGUGAGGCGAUCUCUGUGCAACGGCUUUCCUCGGCCGAGGCCGCAUUGGCAGAGCACAAGGCGGAGCAGGCAUGCCUGGCAGCAGAAGCGGAGGCUGCCACUGCGCGGCUGCGGCUUGAGUUGGACGCGGCACGUGCCGAGGCCAAAGUCGCAGCCCAAAAGGUGGAGCUGGUGGAGCGCAUGGCAGCCAAACGCGUGGAGGCGGAGCAGGAGGUGCUUAAGGUGGCGAUGGUGCAGCUGGACGAGCUGCGUGCCAGCUCAGCUGACCUGCAGGCGGAGCUGGAGUCAGCCCGGCAGCGUGCAACACGCCACGAGGCAGAGCUGACGGCGCUGCGGACCUCCGCACAGCACGUGCGGCUGCAGCUGCUGGAGGAGGAACUGAGGGCGGCGCGUGACGCACUGGCUGUAUCGCAGGCAGGGCUGCUGAAGCCUAGUGACAUAGCUGCGGGGUCAGCUGCGGGCCGGGGCGUCAUGGUGGACAGCAGCUUUGCGGACCGCCUACAUGUGCAGGCCGCCGCAGCGCCAAGCACUGCAGGUGUUGGAGCCGCCAGCACAGGGGGCGUUGGCGCAGCUGGUGAGACCGAGCUGCCCGAGCCCCUGCAGACCGCAUGGGCUGCAAUCACCCGUGCACUCUCAGUUCCCCAGGGGCUGCCGGUUGCGGCCCAGGCGGCGGAGGCCUGGCGCUCUGCUGCCGCCUUGGGGGAGGAGGUGAUGGACCUCCGUGCCGCAGUCAAGGCCAAGGACGAGACCCUGAUGCAGCUGCGUGCCGCGCUGUCUAACCCGCAGCUGUCCUCAUGCUUCCAGGCGAGUGGCUCAGAGGCCUACGCCACUGAGCUGCAGGCCCAGCUGUCUGAUUCGCGCAGCCGGUUGGAGAAGGCGCUGACAGCGGAGCGUGUGGCGGAGCGGCGGGCAGCAGCCAUUGCCCAGGAGCGCGAUGCGCUCCGGGCUGCGCUUGGCGCCGCCUCUACUGCCGCCUCCAGCACCAGCGCAGGAGCUGUGCUGCCAGGCUCGCUCAGUGGGCAGCUGCUUGCGGCCGAGCAGGCGGCCGCCGUGACACAGCUGCACGCACUGAAUGAGGACCUACAGAAGCAGGUGGCGGCGCUGCAGGCCGAGGUGGCGGCCAGCGCCUCGGCGGCAGAGGCACAGACCAUGGCAGCACGCACCUCUACAACACGCGCGGAGGCAGCAGAGCAACGCAUCAAGCAACUGGAGCGGGAGGCUGAUGGGUUGGCAGCCGAGGUGGCACAGCUGCAGGAGCGGCUGGGCCGUGGCGAGCUGAUCCGUGGAGGUGGUGUCCGCGUGCUGCACCUCCGCCACAACCCGGAGGCGGAAGCCAAGCAGGCAGCACGGGAGGCAGCUGUGACACAGCUGGGUGCUGAGAACGAGGCGCUGCGGCUGCAGGUGGCGGAGCUGGAGGCUGCAGUGGCGGCUCUGCAGACGAUGGCUGGCGCUGCACCAGCCGAUGGCCUCUGAGAGCGACACUAUUCCCCCAAUUCCGGCACCGGCGCUGGGUGGCGGUGUGGCCAUGGCAGUGAAGGACGCGGAGAUUACAGUGCUCCGGCGUAAGGUUGAAGAGUGUGAGAAGGCCAUGCACAGGCUCAAGGCCGUGUUUAAGGAGCGGAUUACGGUGUUCCGUGAGGCGUGCUACAGCCUGUUUGGGUACCGCGUGGACAUGACGGCUGAGGCCACCACUGCGGCCGACGCUGCCGGAGCGCCCACAACGUUCAUACUCAAGCCCCAGCAUGCAGAUGACCCGGCUGCACUGCUGGUGUUCAGGUACAGUGGUGGCCGCAUGGAACUAGUGCCAAAUGCAUUCACACGCGACCGGCUGUCGCGCGAGGUGGACACAUUUGUCCGCAAGUUCAACUGUAUUCCGGCACUGACCGCUAACCUCACGGUGGAGAACUUCCAGAAGCAGACACAGUGCUAACGCGGCGGUAAUGCAGAGCGAAGGCGGUGGUGAUGCGGUGCACAUGCCUCCAGUGAUUGGUCUGG